CCAGCCACUCUCAGCGUAACCACGUAGGCCUAAUAGAGAAAGGCGAUGUGAAGUUGCUCCAUAGUUGUAUCUCAAUUUCGGAGGUUUUUAGUGCGCUCAGCAAAGUGUGAGUUAGCGUAAUCGUGGAACUCGACACGGUGCACAAGAGGAGGUGGCCAGCAGCUCUCAAGAUCGCCUUGGAGGCUUGAAAAUCGACUGAGAUGGCGAGUCCGGUUUUGUGACAAAGUCCGGCGGUUUGGCGUGGCGUUUUGAAGUGAAACGGGCAUUACAGGCAGCGAUACUUCGAUUCCCUGAGGUAGUGUGUGGGCCAAACGACUGGGAGGAAGAGGUGUGUUGAGGAAAAGAAAGGAAGAAACUGACGGAUAGUGGUGGUGGUGGUGUGGCGUGGUGGUGCUUGUGAGGGAGUUGGCUGUGUGGGGGCCAUCACACUCGCCCUAGCGUCGGCUCCCUGUUGGCAGACUACUAAUCGCUUCUUGCUUAAGGACGCGCAAGAUUAUUUUAAGUUUUAAGACUCCCAUCCUCUCACCACCUUAAGAAUAUGAACUGCAGGCAGAUUUCGUCACCAGGAGGUGUAAUGUAGUGCGUGAUGAACCGUCGUGUGGAUGAUAUAUCUGGUCGGGGAGAGGCAGUGUCAGGCAUCGUGAGUGCUGGGGGGGUUGCUGGUGGAUUGACCCAGGGGGGUCAGGGGGUCACUGGUGGCCCUGGGGGUGUGGGUGGGGGUCCAGGAGGCUACAUUCGUGGACCCACCAUUACUCACCUGGGCACCAGACCUGGUCAGCCUACAACACCAGUAGCAACAGCUGGGACCCCCGUCCCUGGAGUAGUACCUGUGCCAGCAACCACUGCUGGCCAGGGUGUGGGAGGAGCCCCAACUCCUCUUGACCACCAGCCACACAACCCAGCAUCUCAGCCAGUUUUUACAGGUUAUGGUGGAGCCAAAGUGGAAAUGCAUACUGGAGUCCAUCACACAGUUCCAGCCUACCCAGCUAGCCUGCCUGCAGCACCUCAACCUCAGGGUGAUGGGCUGUCGGGCAUGGUGGAAGGUCGUACAGUGGGUGGCAUUGGUGGGCUGGUGUCCCCGGGUAGUAUAGGACCACCUCCAUCUGUCCUGCAACAUGUAACCACUCAACCCCAGGUGCGCCAUAAGGUUGGAGGAGUUGCCAAUGCAAAUGUUGUGCACCAGACAGCUGCAGCUGCUGUUGGGGCAGCUGUUGCUGCAGCAGGGGCUACUCAGGGGACAGGCCAAUUCCAAAGACUAAAAGUAGAAGAUGCACUCUCCUACUUAGAUCAGGUGAAGCUGAGAUUUGGGAAACAACCCCAAGUUUACAAUGACUUCUUGGAUAUUAUGAAAGAGUUCAAGUCACAGUCGAUAGACACCCCAGGAGUUAUUGCCCGUGUGUCACAACUCUUCCGUGGUCAUCCAGAGCUCAUUGUGGGCUUCAACACCUUUCUACCACCCGGCUACAAAAUUGAGGUGCAAGGGAAUGAGCAGGUGAAGGUGAGUGUCAGUGUGCCAGGCCAACAGACAACAGUGGUACACACUCCACAAGGAGUUCAUCAUCACAUUACUUCCACUCAUCAUCCACCGCCUCCUCCACCUCCUGCCGUCACUGUGAAACCUCCACAUCAUCCACCUCCUCAAAGAUCAUUAUCAGCUGGAGUAACUCAGCAUCCUGGGCCGGGUCUUGUUGGAACUCAUACUGUUCAUAAUGUAACUGGAGGAACAUCUGGGCCAGGAGGUGGAGGAAGCAGUAGUGUUGUAACUGGGGGAGGUGGGGGUGGAACCGGAGGGGGAGGAGGUCCGGGUGGGGGUGGCAGUGGUGUUGGUACUGGAGCAGGAGGAGGUGCUGCCAGUGUCAGUCAGGUAACCAAUGUUAGUGGUGGGAACAGCGCUCCCUCAGCAACGAAUACCAGUUGUAGCUCAAAUGCCACUAAUAACACCACUGCAGGAACGCCACACUCCACUAACACUGCCCCACAGCACCCAAACCGUGAACCUCAACCACCACCACCGCCUCCCCCUCAUCAUCACCAUCACCAUCAUCAGGCUCCAGCACAACCUGUGGAAUUCAACCAUGCAAUUAAUUAUGUUAAUAAGAUAAAGUUACGGUUUCAAGGUCAGCCAGAUAUUUAUAAACAGUUCCUAGAAAUCCUUCACACUUACCAAAAGGAGCAGCGGCAUAUCAAAGAUGGAGGUUCUAUUCCCACUCGAGCCCUCACAGAAACAGAAGUUUAUGAAAAGGUUGCAAAAUUGUUUGAAAAUCAAGAAGAUUUGUUGCAAGAAUUCAGUCAGUUUCUCCCAGAUGCUACCAACAACUCUGCAACACAGGCAGCUGUGUCAGAUAUUAUGGAUCAGUAUCGGACUCAUCAUGGAAGUAACAAGGCAGUGAGCAAUGAUCAUACAUCAGUGAAGAAGUCAAACAUCAAAGGCUCAUGUGGGUUAGGAUCAGGAAACAAUCUCGUCAGUGGCCCAGGCAAUACUCCAAACAAAACUUCAAGUAUGUUUGGCCUUCAGUUGAAGCGGCCUCAUUCAGGCCCCACACAAACUCACACCCAUUCACAUGCUCAGCCUCCAGUAAAGAAACCAAAGCUUGGCUACCUGAAGGAUAUGAGUGCUGCAGAAGCAGGAAAAUAUGCAACCUUGGCAGAGUAUGCCUUUUUCGAUAAGGUUCGGAAAGCUCUGCGACAUGAAGAAACAUACCAUAAUUUUUUGAGAUGCAUCACACUAUACAAUGAAGAAAUUAUAACCCGCUCAGAGCUAGUGCAACUAGUCCACCCGUUCCUUACCAAGUUCCCUGAUCUCCUGAAGUGGUUUAAGGAGUUUGUUGGUUACAGAGAAGGCUCUAUGGGUUCUUCAGAUAUUAUACCUUCAACUGUUGCCAAACAAGAAAGAAUAAGUGGAGAUUUAGCCAUGGAAAUAGAUUAUACAACAUGCAAGAGGUUAGGAGCUUCAUACUGUGCUCUUCCCAAGUCAUAUCCUCAACCCAAAUGUUCUGGUCGUACAAGUUUGUGUCGAGAAGUCCUCAAUGACACUUGGGUGUCAUUUCCUUCCUGGUCAGAAGAUUCCACCUUUGUUACGUCUCGGAAAACACAGUAUGAAGAGUACAUAUAUCGAUGUGAGGAUGAGAGGUUUGAGCUUGAUGUUGUCUUAGAGACAAACUUGGCAACCAUGAGAGUUCUUGAAGGAGUACACAAGAAGCUGCAAAGGAUGAGUCCAGAAGAAGCAGCAAGAUUCAGAUUAGAUGACUGCCUAGGAGGCAACUCUCCCACUAUACACCAAAGGGCCAUCCGUAGAAUAUAUGGUGAUAAAGCUCCUGAUAUAAUUGACGGGCUAAAAAAGAAUCCUGUUGUUGCAGUGCCUUUGGUGUUGAGGAGGCUAAAAGCAAAGGAUGAGGAGUGGAGAGAAGCACAGAAAGGUUUCAACAAAAUCUGGAGGGAACAAAAUGAGAAAUACUAUCUAAAGUCCUUGGAUCAUCAGGGUAUUACUUUUAAGCAGACUGAUGUCAAAACCAUUCGAUCAAAAAGUUUAUUGAACGACAUAGAAACACUGUUUGAUGAGCGCCAUGAGCAAGCUGAAGAGAAUAAUGAGAUAAUAACUGGACCCCAUAUGGUACUUCAUUACCCGGACAAAUUUAUCCUUGAUGAUGCAGCUAACUUAGUCAUUCAUCAUGUCAAAAGACAAACUACUUACCACAAAGACGACAAAGCCAAAAUCAAGCAAAUAGUCAGGCAUUUCAUCCCUGAUCUUCUCUUUCAUACUAGACAAGAUAUGUCUGAUGAUGAAAAGGACUUAGAUGAAGAAGAUGAGGAAGAAGAAGAUGUUAAAAGUGAAGGCAAGAGUGAGGGAAGUAGUCGCCGAGAUCUCAGAGGGCGGGAUUGUAAACAAGUGUCAUCUACACAAUGUACCACAACCACUACAACCUCCACAUCCACCACCAAUAAUAACUCAAAUAAAAGAAAAACAAGAAAUAGAGGAAUUGAUCAGGAAAAGGAAGAUUACAAAAAUAUCAGGGAAACCAGUGGCAACAAUAACAAUAAUAACCACAGUAAAACCAAAGAUGAUAUGAAAGGCAAGACUGCAAUAAAUGGUGAUGCAACAGAAGAUGAAAAAGUUAACAUAAAGACAGAAUUAGAUGAUGAUAAAGUUGAAGUAAAAGAGGAAUCUGGUAACACAGGAAAUGGAAGUUUGGAGCCAGAUGAUGAAUACCGAUUGUUUAUGUGCAACAACAACUGGUAUCUUUUUCUACGGUUGCACCAAAUUCUGUGCUGUAGACUCACCACAAUGUAUGAGCACGCUGUCAGAAUUGCAGCUGAAGAAGCGAGAGAUAAAAAAGAUAGAAAAGAAGCAACAGCAGUUGCCUUACGUCUCAAGCCUAAAAAUGAAAUUGCUGUUGAGGAUUAUUAUCCGGCCAUGCUUGAUAUGAUCAAGAAUGUCCUGGAUGGCAAUUUGGAAUCAACUGCAUAUGAAGACACAUUACGGGAAAUGUUUGGUAUUCAUGCUUACACAGGAUUUACUUUGGAUAAGGUUGUAACAGGAGCAGUAAGACAACUGCAGCAUUUGGUUUGUGAUGAACCUCCUGCUCAGUGCACUGCAAUGUUCCUAACUGAGGCUAAGAGAGGAGGUGCUGGGGGUCCUGUAGCCUCUGCACAUAGAAGAUUGGCUGCAGAACAGGCAUAUCAAAAGAGAUCAGAGCGUCUGCUGCAAGAUGAAAAUUGCUUCAAAGUUUAUACAUACAAACGAAACUGCAGGAUGACAAUUGAGCUGAUAGAUACAGAGAUUGAAGAGGGAGAGGAGAGUGGAGGAAGUCCUGGAACUGGAGUGAGUCCCAGUGGUCCAAUUCCACCUAAUUCAACCAUUCCACCAGCUGUAACAGAAGUUGAGAGAUGGAGUGAAUAUGUAGAAAAAUAUGUCUCUUCUGUUACACCUCAGAUCUCUCCUGCUAUGCAGGCCCAGCUGUCCAGAAAGCCAGUAUUUUUGCCUCGUAAUCUCCGUUCCUGGAGGAAGUUAACAGCAGCCAGACAAACAAAUCAAGAUGUUGAAAAGGGUGGCUGCCCAGAAGAUGUCAAACCUCCUGUGUGUCCUGAUAUGGAUGCUGUUGACAACACACAGUGCAAAUUCAACCUGUCCUCAUUCAAAAUGGUUUUUGUAGUCAAUAGUGAUUCAUAUAUGUACAAGAAACAAGCUCUUAAAAGAGCCAAACAGAGUCAUGAACACGUCAGUCAGAGGAUGCGCAGUGGCCUAAUAUCAUGGCAUAGUGACUGGUGUACCAGACAUGUCUCUGAGGCAGAUCAAAGAGCUGCCACAGACUGGUUUUUGGGACACACUGAUGGUUUGCGGCCUAACAGUACUCGAAUAUUGCGCAUUAAUGAUCCCUCCCGACCCCCGUUUGCACCCUACAACAAGUACAAGUGUGAAUUAGAUGAAAGUGGUGGGUCCUAACGAGUGGUAUUUGUCUUGCCUCUGAAGUGGGCCAAGUACAUUCCCGCACUGAAAGGGGUGAGAUACUAAUGCCGGUGAAGAGUUCAACUCCCUCACUGUGAGCUGUGACUUAAUUCAACUUUGAGGGGAAAGUUUUGUUGGUGUCACCUUGAAGUACAAGAUUGUAGCAAGGAUGGUGGUGUGGACUGUGCAUUGCAGCAGAAAAGGCAGAAAAUAUGUUGUGGGGGAGUGCAAGAGGAAAUGGAUCAAAUGUAACUUGUUACUGUAUUAUAGUGAUAAUUUACCUUGUUUCAAGGUUGUGUUCAGACGCCUGAAGAAAAGAAAGAAAAGUAUCUGCUCUAAGCAGAAUCCAUAUGCUGGAAGACUGAUAGUGGCAACUGUAAUACUUUAUGCUAGUGAUGCAGUUAAUCAUUUGAUGUGCCUCAUGAAUGCCUGUCAGUACAAUGUAGUAUUAAAAGUAAGACAAGUUACACACACCAUUGAAGUAUCCCAGUGAUGAAUACCCCAGACAGGACUGCCCACUCACCAUCCAGAUUGCUGCAGGGUGUCCACAGCACAAACUUGCUACCACAUUUGCAAACAACCACCUCAUUGUUUUGCUGCUGGGACCGAGAGCUUGGACUCAAAUGUGCAUAGCCAGUUGUACAAGUGAAUGAUAAUUAUAAUUUAUAACUGUACAGAUGAUCUGAUUAACAUUUUGUUAAUAAAAGAUGUUUCCUUGUAAUUAGUCGGAAUCAGGGGAGAUGGGGGCUUCAGUGGUUGAUUGUUAAGGGCGCAUUUUUAAGCCAAAUCUCUUCUGUGACACAAAAUGGGACUUCCCAAAAUUGGUUAUUUAUUACCAGAUAUAUAUAUAUUUAUAUAUACUUAUAUAUAUAUAGCUUAUAUGAUCAGGGAUGAGACCUAUCAAAGGCACUUUGUUGCCAUGUUCAUAUUCAUCAGAAUUAAGCCAUGUGAAUCCUUAUACAUGAAAUGUGUAAUGUAUUUUAUAAAUAUAUUAAAGUAGACACCUUUCAACCCAGACAUCAUACACCUCACACAGCUGUACAUACACACAAACAACAUUCUAAUAGGGUUCAUCAAGAUAAUUGCACAUACUACUAACAAAUGAAAGCCUUCCCUCAACUCAUGGUUUUGUAAAAGCCACCCAGAACCCUCAUCUCCUCACGAACCGGACAUCUCAGAAACUGCCGCGGCCUAGAUGACACUAUUUAGCUUUAAGAAGUUGUUCCGGCAUGGGUGUGCGUGCUGCCAGACUGGAAGAAAAAAAAGGGGGAAAAUCCUUGGUAAGACUACAGGGGCAUUACUACUCAUUAUAGGCCUAGCCUAAUUAUCUAUAGCACUGCUGAAAUGAUGAAUGGUGCUGUGAAAAGUUAAAGGGUUUAGGUCUGGCAGCUGAAACAUGGUAGAGGCACUUUUUUUUUUUUUUUUUUUUUUUUAUUGAUUUUUUUUCUAUAAUCUAUUGUUACUCUCAUGAUAGGUUCUAGGAAUUGUUUUUAUGAAUUCUGAAUCAGCUGCAUUUAUAUUUUGCUUAUAUAUUUUCUCUAAUUCAUAUUUUUAUUUACCUUAUUUUAUUUUACUAUUUUUUGCCGAGUUAAUACUCUACUCUAAAACAUGCCAUUAUGAUGAAAGUGCCACAAAAUAUUAAGCAACUGUCCAGAGUAUUGUGUAAUAACUGAGAAUAUUUUUUGUAGUACAAGUAGAUGGAUGAGUUGAUGCACACCUGAGUUGGUGACUUCCUUGUAUUUAGAGAAAUUCUUUUCUAUCCCUCUUGUCAAUCACAGAAAGUAUUUGUAAUAGACAUUGAAAACAAUAAAUCUUUUUACAUUCUAUUGAAA